AAGCCGGUGCGUUGAGUUGUAAUAUACGCCAUUUUGCAGUGACAGCGGUGCGCUCAAGCAGUGGAGACAGAAAGCUCGAGAAGUCCCGGUUUAGAGUGUAAAGCAUGGGGAAUGUCUUUGCAAGCCUGUUUAAGGGUUUGUUCGGGAAGAAGGAGAUGAGAAUUCUCAUGGUCGGUCUUGAUGCCGCCGGUAAAACCACCAUCCUGUACAAACUCAAGCUGGGAGAAAUAGUUACCACCAUUCCCACUAUCGGUUUUAAUGUAGAGACGGUAGAGUAUAAGAAUAUCAGUUUCACAGUUUGGGAUGUUGGUGGCCAAGACAAAAUCAGACCACUUUGGAGGCACUACUUCCAGAACACUCAAGGUCUGAUCUUCGUAGUGGAUAGCAAUGACAGGGAACGAGUUAAUGAAGCCAGAGAGGAGUUGACGAGAAUGUUAGCAGAAGACGAGUUGCGUGAUGCUGUCCUUCUCGUUUUUGCAAACAAACAGGACCUUCCCAAUGCCAUGAACGCAGCUGAGAUCACAGACAAACUGGGCCUUCAUGCCCUCCGUCAUCGUAACUGGUACAUCCAGGCCACCUGCGCCACCAGCGGAGACGGGCUCUACGAGGGGCUGGACUGGCUCUCCAAUCAGCUAAAAAAUCAGAAAUGAGCUCGUCUACCGCCUCCAAAUCUGUGUGCGUGUUGUCGUACGAAAGGGUAGGUGUGCGUGAUGUGUGCGUGUGUCUGAGAGAGCGAGACACACACAGCUACAGUACUGACCCAGACUUAGACUGAACUCAGUAUCCCAUGUUCCCCUCUUUCAUUUAGGUUUGGGCGUUGCUGAUUCAGACUGUGUUUGUGUGUGUGCAUGUGUGCAUAGUUUAUCUUUAUUAUGCACUUUAGCAAGAAUGUAUAAUUUCUGUGUGUUCAUGUGUGUAUGAAGGCUUCUGUCUGUUUGCUCGAUUUGGGAAUGACCCUGGCGUGCCUUUUAUACACACACAUCUCCUCUUAUCGUUCCACCUCACAAACUGUAAUACGACUCAUUGUUUUUUUUUUUGCUCCAUACUGCACCACGCGUGGUUUUCACAUGGCGAAGAAAGAACCAAGGUUGUCGUAAUGAACCUGCAAUAACCUAGUAUCCCAGUAUUACAGGCCUGCUGAAUAUACAACCCAUACACUUUCCAUAUAGCAUUUUAAAUUGAGAUUAAAAACAUGCCUUUAGGAACCUGUAUCUUUAGGAAAAACUGUGUUGUAACCUGUAUCAGGUCAGGAUCAAUUCGCUCAGAUUUCCACCGAAGCACCACUAUCCUUGAUUGUUCUUUUGAGUCAUUUGAAAAUCAGUUUUAUUUUCGGCUCUUUGGCUCCAUGUUUUAAUUUGUGUCCGAAUGUGGGUAGUGGAGUCGUGGGCAGAUCUCUGGUUUCCUGCUGUACACUACCUGUUUCCAGCCGCCACACAUACCCCAAGCACAAUCACAGACUGCUGAACAUUCCCCCUACCACCAAAUUGUUGGAUUUGAUUUGAAUUAAAAACAUCAUAUAUUAAA